AUGGUGCAGCUGUUGUCUGGUAGCCACAACAAAGUCAUUUCAGGUAUCUCCACGCCCACACAGGCGAGCAAGCGCAGCAGCCGCGGCAAGAACGGAAGAGCAGGCCGCCAAAAGGGUAGUCUGGCGGGUAACAUUAUCGCUGGUGCGUUCCGUAAGCAACUGUCAGAACUGAUGCUGAGCAUGAACAAGACCUCAUCGCGGUAUGUGCGCAGCAUCAAGCCGACCGCGAACAAGAGUGCAGCUGAGUUCGAUCGCCUCAUGAUUGUGGAGCAACUGCGCUGCGCUGGCGUGAUCGCUGCCAUUCGCAUCAGUCGUGCUGCCUUUCCGAAUCGUUUGCCACUUGUCGAGUUCCAGCAGCGUUUCCAGAUUAUUUGCCCGUCAGCACUGCGUGACGCGGAACCUUCGUAA